AUGACUCUGUCCACGAAGGUGAGAUUUUUCUUCUUCAGCCUGGAUGAUGCUACAGCCAGACUGACAGCCCAGUCCAGGACGCUACAGUCUGGUAGUGACGACGCUGUGUUAUGGCUCAGGGAAAACUCACAGAGCUACAGCUGGCAGAGAGCAGAGUUCACCUUCUCCUCCUCACACAAUAGCCAGAUUGUCUUCAGAUAUGAGCAAGGUGAUGGUCAGAGAGGGCUGGUUGCGCUGGACGACAUCUCUUUCUCCAAGGAGUGUUUAUUUGACCCUGAGAACACCAAACUGCCUAAUACAUCAACCACCUCUGCCCCACCUACAUCCUCUAACACACCCACUUCUCCAGCCUCAAGCUCAACUGCACCAACCCACCCCUGUCAGGAUAAUGAGUUUUUCUGUUGGCGGUCAGCCGGAAAAGUGUGUAUUCCAGCUACUUUACAGUGUGAUUAUCAUCCAGACUGCCCACAGGGGGAGGACGAGGAUGGCUGUGGCCGGUGCACAUUUGAGAGUAACCAGUGCCAAUGGGCUGACACCAGUGAUGGACAGAGUAGGUGGCAGAGACAGAAAGCCAGUAACAACACUGAGCCGCCAACUGAUCACACUACAGACACAGGCUACUUUAUGAGAGUGAAAUUCAGUCAGGGGUCCACACAGAGUGAAGCGAGACUUCAGAGUCCCCCACUCCCCCCUUCAUCCUCCUACUGCCAGAUUGUGUUUCACUUCCACAUCAGUGCAGAGAGUGCUGGGUCACUCAGAGUGCUUAUGCAGCAAGCUGAGGGGGGUGAAGCAAUCCUGUGGUCACGCAGUCACAACACUGUCUCCCAUUGGAUCCCAGAGCAUCUGCCUCUCGGUCUGCACCAGCAGCCUUAUAAAGUUUGGUUCAGUAGCAUGAAUAAAGUGACUCAGACAGACACUACUGCUGGAGAUCACAUUGUUGCUGUGGAUGAUAUUUCUUUUCUAAACUGUGAAAAAUCAUACCAACCACCAGCUCUGUCUGCCUGGGGCUGUUCUUUUGAAGAUGAUCUGUGUGUUUGGGUUCAGGGGGCUGAAGAUGAGUUGGACUGGCUCAGCAGGUCUGGUCCCACAGAGACCCCCAACACCGGGCCUGCAGGAGACCACACUACCGGCAAAGGGAAAUACCUUUACAUCAAGAGUUCUCCACCAAGUGUUAAGGGAAAUAUGGCCCAACUGAAGUCUUCGCUGCUGCCACCUGCUGGUGAAAAAGGAUACUGUUUCACAUUUUGGUACCACAUGUUCGGAGCUACUGCCGGCUCCUUGAGGAUGCUUCUACAAACAGCUAAUCCCUUGAAGAAAACAUUGGUGUGGCAAAAAUCAGGAAAUCAAGGGGACGUGUGGCUGCUGGUUCAGAGCCAUGUGACCUUGCAGAGGGUCCACCAAGUGAUUCUGGAGGCUACAGUGGGGGGAAAGGCAGGAGACAUAGCCAUCGAUGACAUGUCCCUCAUCAGUGGACCAUGUCCUGCCUCUGAUAUGUGUGAUUUCGAGGAGGGGAGCUGUAACUGGCAGCAGCAGACCACCGAUGACUUUGACUGGGUCAGACAGUCGGGCUCUGCCCACAAUCCCAACACUGGGCCAGACAGCGACCACACCACCAACACACCCACGGGCCAUUACUACUACCUGUCCUCCUCUACUGCCGACUGCGCAGGGCAGACAGCUAAAAUGUCUUCACCACUGUAUCCUGCAGGCAAAGGAGCUUGUGUGCAGCUGUGGUACCACAUGUAUGGCAAAGGAAUGGGGAUGCUGAACAUUUACCAGCAGAGUGAAGAAGGGAAGCGUGCUCUGAUUUUCUCUCAGACAGGAGACCAGGGCCGGAUGUGGAGGCUCGCUCAGGCGUCACUUCUGCCACGGGUUCAGCCUUACAGGAUCGUGGUGGAAGGUGUGAAGGCCGGCCCCACCCAGGAGGGAGACAUGGCCUUUGAUGAUGUACAGCUGACAGACGCUCCUUGUCCUCCUCCUGGACAUUGUGACUUUGAGAGCAGCAUGUGUAGCUGGAGCAACCUAGGAGGAAGAGUCGACCAGGGGGACUGGCUCCGCGGCCGAGGAGCCUCCCCAAACCCCAACACUGGACCCAGUGUUGACCACACCACCAACUCGACACACGGUUACUAUCUGUAUGUGGACAGCUCAGUGGGCGAGUGGGGAGACAUGUCCUUCCUGAUCAGUGAUGUGUUCCAGCCGUCCACUAGAGGCCACUGUCUGACAUUCUGGUACCACAUGUAUGGCAACCACGUUGGGACUCUCAGAGUUUACAUAAAUGACAGAAAAAUGCAUACUGGUGGCAACGAAGAAGGGAUUCUGAAGUGGAUUGAUACAGUAAACAAUGGAGACAAGUGGCAGGAGGCCAGGGUGUCUGUUAAACAUAAAGAAGCAUUCUGGUUUGUGUUUGUGUAUCAGAGGGGGAUGAAUACAGGUGGGGAUGUUGCUCUUGAUGAUAUCACCAUCCUCCCUGGCGGCUGCUACUCAGAGCCCCCCAUUAACCCUCCUGAUGAUAAAUAUGACAUGUUGUCCGUAGGCCUGGCUGUUGGUCUGACUCUGCUGGCUGGAGUCAUCAUCUCCAUAUUCCUCUUUAUGCUGAACAGGAAGAAUCGGCCAACAAUUAUAAAUGAUGACCCAGUUGAAGAGAACUCUGCGUUUGACCUCUAUUAUUGCAAAAUAGAUGAUGCACAACAUGGAACUGAAUCUGACUUUUCGUUCUUCAACAAGCUGUACAAUCCGUCGCAAAAUGUAACUGAUGCCACAGUGGCUUCAUGUGAUGCUUAGUCCAGAUUAAUAACUCCUGUGAAACAAACAAAUCAUUUACCAAUUUGUAAAUUCUGCCUGUGCUCUUAGAGAUAUUUAAAGUUAUUUAGAAGAUGAAAUAUUGAUGUUGGUUUUGGCAUUUUUCUGAGAAAUAUUUAUUAAAGGAUAUAAUGCCAGUUCAAU